GUGUGCAGUAAUUCGGAUUGGAUCAAAUCCAAAGCUAGCUAUAGCUAUUUGGCUACGACCUAGCUAAAGAGAUAAGGAUUUGAUUCUUGGAGCAUUGGGUUCUGAAUAACAUCCAAUCAGAUUAGGCACCUAGUGGGCACCCAAAUCUAGAGCUGGAAGCAGUGGACGAAUGCAAAGCAAGAGAUUCUUGGUGCCAGUGGCAUGCAGCUCGGAGAAGCUUGUGACAUCAGGAAGGAUACGAAUUGAUGCUUGCUGGUGUUACGAGGCGGAGUUGGAUUUGGUGUUGCUAUUGGAUUUCUCCACUUGAGGUUCUUGUUGAGAUAAGGAAACGGAAUUAUCGAGCCAAGAAAACAUGGCUUCUUCAUCCUCGGUGGUGGACAUGGUUUGCGCGAGGCAGGGACGCGACCGGCAGCGGUAUGAAGGAUGUUAUCGACUUGUCUCAGGAUGCAUCCCUUACAUGCUCAAGGACGACGAUGUAGACAAUAGCUGCUGUCUGAAGGAUGAUCAUGUGCUGGACAAGCUCCAAGUGCUAAUGAUAUCGACGCCGAAGCGAAUGGAUCUCAUCUUUCCAAAGGGUGGAUGGGAAGACGAUGAGAGUGUCGAGGAAGCUGCCUGCAGGGAGGCCUUUGAGGAAGCCGGCGUCAAAGGCAUUAUAAACGGGGCUCCACUAGGAGAGUGGAUCUUCAAGAGCAAGAGCAAGCAGAGCAGUUGUGGACAGGAAGGGUCUUGCAAGGGCUUUAUGUUUGCACUCCAGGUCACUGAGCUGCUGGAAUCAUGGCCUGAGCAGAUCACCCAUGGCAGGAGAUGGGUGCCAGUUCGGGAGGUGGACGGUCUCUGUCGAUACGACUGGAUGAGAGAAGCGCUCGACAAGCUCAAGGAGCAGCUGGUGUUUGGGAGUAACUUCAGUGCGCCACCAUCACUGGAGUUACCGGACUCAUCUAGCCUGUGCAUGGUGGUGUCACCGGCUGUACCUCAAGGAGCCGUGGCCUUGUGCUAAUUCCUUGCUGGUUUUACUCUGUAUCUGAACCUCCAGGAGCUAAUGCUUCAGGUCUGAUGAACGGCGGUGGUCCAGGAUUCUCAUAUGCACAAAAAGAUGCAUCAACAUUACAAAUUAUCGCGCAAUCAGUACCACAAGGGUGUUACUUAUUAUGAAAUGAUUAAUAAUUUAGUGAUAGAGAAGAGACGAAUGGUAACUACCCUUCGUGUGAAAUGUUUCAACCUUGUGUUAACAGCCACGCGAUAACCACAAGGGGGAACGUAGCUAACAGACACGCUUCGAUUGUGAAAUGUUUCAACCUCAUUUUACUGUAACUUUGUUCUUUAAAUCUGUGCAAUGUUUUCCUUCAGUUUA